AUGAGCACGCUCUCGUCCGAGGAGUACCUCCCGACAGCGUCUCCCCCAACGGGCGCAGGCACAGGCCACGACCGGCCCUACCGCUUCUCCUUCUACUCCAACAGCCUCUCUGCGACCAUCCACGCGCGCAGCCUCAGCGAGCUCCCGGCCGAGGGCCAGACGUUCGAGGAUCUGUUCGGCGGCGCCUCCAAGACGGCGCUGAACGACCAGCGGCUGGGGAACGACCCGGAGGGGCAGACGUGGUGGCUGGACGUGCUCUCGCCCACCGACGAGGAGAUGAAGAUGCUCAGCCGGGUCUUCAACAUCCACCCGCUCACGACGGAGGAUAUCCAGAUGGAGGAGGCGCGCGAGAAGAUCGAGCUGUUCAGGACGUACUAUCUCGUCUGCUUCCGCAGCUUCGACCAGGACCCAUUCAGCCCGACGUACCUCGAGCCGCUCAACGUGUACAUCAUCGUCUUCCGCGAGGGCACGCUUUCCUUCCACUUCAGGUCCACGCCACACCCGCAGAACGUGCGCCGACGGAUCAAGCAGCUCAAGGACUACAUCAGCGUCACCUCCGACUGGAUCUCGUACGCGCUCAUCGACGACAUCACCGAUGCGUUCGGGCCGCUCAUCCAGAGCAUCGAGUACGAGGUCGACAGCAUCGACGAGCUCGUGCUCAUCCUCAAGGAUGCCGAGCAGAGCGACAUGCUCAGACGCAUCGGGACGUGUCGGAAGAAGGUUAUGGGGCUCCUGCGCCUCAUGGGCAACAAGGCAGACGUCGUCAAGGGGCUCGCGAAGCGAUGCAACGAGAACUGGAAGGUCGCGCCCACGUCGGACAUCGGCCUCUACCUCUCCGACAUCCAGGACCACCUGAUCACGAUGACCCAGAACCUGAACCACUACGAGAAGAUCCUCUCGCGCUCGCACUCCAACUACCUCGCGCAGAUCUCGAUCGAGAUCACCGACGCGAACAACCAGAUCAACGACGUGCUCUCCAAGCUCACCGCCCUCGGCACCGUCCUCAUCCCCAUGAACCUCGUCACCGGUGCCCUGUGGGGGAUGAACGUCCACGUUCCUGGCCAGGGCAUCGAUUCCAACACCUGGUUUCUCUCCAUCAUCGGCUGCCUUGCGGCCUUCGCCAUCAUCGGCGGGUACUCCGCGUACAAGAUGAUCCGCAAAUGA